AGACAAGCAUAUAACUUUGAUUCUAUUAUAAGUCUAGGGACACAAGCAUGAAGCAUUGAUACGUUGUUAUUGCUUGAGAAAAAUUAAUGGCUAGCUGCGUUCAACUUGGUAAACUUGAGAGAAGCAAGAGCUGGUUUAUAGACUUCGCAUAUAACCCAAAGAAGGACCAGGCAGGCGAUGUCCGAAACAUUCUCUUGAUAGUUGCAACUCUAAUUGCAGCAGUGACUUUUCAAUCUGGGGUUAACCCUCCCGGCGGAGUUUGGCAAGAUUAUACGAUAUGGAAUCGCACUUUAUGUGAAGAAAAACGUGCUCAAGGGAUUUUGACAGACCCUUCAUGUUAUAAAUCACAUGAUGCAGGGACGGCCAUUUAUGCGUCUCGAGAAGCCGACUUCUAUGUUUUCUUGAUCUGUAACACUGUGGCACUUUCCACUUCGGUUCUUGUCAUUAUGUCUCUCACAUAUAACUUCCCUUUCCAUUUAGAAGUAUUGAUUGCCACAGCUUCAAUGCUUGCAACUUACGCAUCGGCCAUAUUUUCUGUCACGCCAGCUGAUUAUUCUUAUAGAUUUCGGUUCAUCCUCAUAGCAGCUGCUUUGCCUUUUGUGCUACGAGUUUUGAUUUAUAUGGUCAAGUCCAAAGCAUAUGCAGAUCAAGAACAAGAGAAUCUGUGUGACAAAUGUAGAAGUGGGAAUUUCUGCAGAAAUUGUAGAGAUGAGCUUCCCAAAAAAGACGUGGUAAGUGAGAUUCCCAAGUGAAAAUGUUGAAUUUCCAUCAGUUCUAUCAAAAAUAAAGUUCAGAAGACGUCUAGCAUGUUCCGAUUCUGUAUUAUUAGGCCAUAAAACUGUCGUGGUACAGCUACUCUAUGUACAACUUUCCAUCCAUGGGUCUGUUUGAUUUAGCUUCUUUGAAGUGCUUUUUUUCCCCUCUAUGUAUCUUUAGCUGUAAAUUUUAUGGACUUUUCACGUUACAAAUUA